AUGGCGGUGCAGAAGCUGGCGGCCCAGCAGAGGGUGAAGACCAGCGCGCACAGACGCUGCCAGUUUACUGAGAAGAUCGGGCCGUCCUGCAUAGCUCCGCCGCUGCCAGUGGACGUGGCGGUGGCAGAGAUUCAACAGCUCAAGGCUAGGGUGGAGGAUGUAAGCAAAAGGAAUGCCCGCUACAACCUCCUCGGCGACGACAACUCCAUGCCGCCAAAUCAGCUUAUCCCGACCGCCGCCGUCGAAUCAUCAUCACCAUUCGACGUCCGAAGCCAGGUUUGGCAGGCUGCGGGUAAGCUUCGUGGCACGGGCGACCUCAAGAAGUUGAUCACAAGCGAAGGUGAGGACCGUCAAGUGAUCUCACUAUGGCAGGGAAGUUGCAGUACAGGAGCUGUAGCUGCUCAUCACCAUCAUCUUGAGGCGACAUAUAUCAUCAAGAAGGCUUAUGAUGAUCCAGAAAUCUACCAAGGCUUCAAGAGCCGUGCCUGGAUAAAGCUGAUGCAUCCUUUUGAUCCGGACGAGUUCCUCAAGACCUUGUUGGCUCUGUUCUACCCACCGAGCUUCUCUAACCACCAAUCACGUGGUGCAGAGCUCCGGAAGAAGAUGAGAGCAGCUGUGACUGAAGAAGAUGAUUCCACCAAGGCCGAGCUCAUGCGCCAAGUGAGUGAUGAUCGGAGGUAUCUCCUCGUCCUAGAAGGAGUAUCUACUGUGGUAGAUUGGGAGGCCAUCAGAAUGUACCUGCCAGAUUGUAACAACGGCAGCCGGAUUGUCGUGUCCACGGAGCACUUAAGGAUUGCACUUUUGUGCACACGAGAACCGUACCAAGUUUCGCAGCUCACACGCUUCUCCGAUGGUCAAUUUCUCUGUGCCUUCUCCAAAAAGGGCUCUGUGCGUCGCAGCGAUAUUGGUGAAUUCAAUUGGCAGAUAACGCGUGGUGGUGUGAUCUCCGUGGCGGGUAAUUCCAAUCGUUUUGAAGGUGUCCUUCCUGAGGUGUAUAAGCGUAUAAGGGGCAAGCGUAAGGGAUUCGAUGGAGUGGUAUUUGAAGAGCACAACUGGGUGGAUGUACCGAGGCCGUUCGAUAUAAACAAGUUUGCUGUUGUCCUGUUUCUGAAUUUUCAAUCACGUGACUUUCAAGCCAAGGAAAUUGAAGAAGUGGGUAGAAAGGGGGACCAAGGUGUGAUUGAACGGUGUUGCAAGUAUCUGCAUGAAAAUGACUGCCUCGUUGUUAUUAAUGGUCUCGAGGCCCGGAAGGACUGGGACGAGAUAAAAACCACCUUUUUGUCCAAGCCAACUAAAUGGACUAGAACAAAAUCAAGUAUUAUUGUCGUUACAGAAGAUGAGACUGUGGCCAAACAUUGCGCACCUGAUCAACCAAAUCGAUUGUUCGACAUUAAUGCUCUAGAACAAGACGAGGUCCUUGAUCGCUUGAUAAAGAAGGUAUAUGCAUGCCUCAUGUAUUUGCUUCUUAAUUACCAGCAUACCUAA